AGACUCCAGUUGGUUUCAUACUUGGCAAAGUCCUGCUCUUCCCGGCGCCAACAUGCAAAAGAACGUCUCCCCGAGCGGCUACCUGCCCAGCUUCCAGCACUUUGCCACUCAGGCCAUUCACGUGGGACAGGAGCCCGAGCAGUGGAAUUCACGCGCCCUGGUGAUACCCAUCUCGCUGGCCACCACUUUCAAGCAGGACACGCCAGGCCAGUCCUCGGGUUUUGUAUAUGGCCGCUCUGGAAAUCCCACAAGGAACUGCUUGGAAAAAGCAGUGGCCGCUCUGGACGGGGCAAAACACAGUUUGGCCUUUGCUUCAGGGCUAGCUGCCACCACUACAAUUACCCAUCUGUUAAAAGCUGGAGAUGAAGUCAUUUGCAUGGAUGAAGUGUAUGGAGGCACCAACAGGUACUUCAGGAGAGUGGCAUCUGAAUUUGGACUGAAGGUUUCUUUUGUGGAGUGUUCCAAUACCAAAUUGCUAGAGGCAGCGAUUACACCACGAACCAAGCUUGUUUGGAUUGAAACACCCACAAACCCAUCCUUGAAGUUGACUGACAUCGAAGCCUGUGCACACAUCGUCCAUAAGCAUGGAGACAUCAUUUUGGUUGUAGAUAACACUUUCAUGUCUCCAUAUUUCCAGCGACCUUUGGCUCUGGGUGCUGAUAUUUGUAUGUGUUCUGCCACAAAAUACAUGAAUGGCCACAGUGAUGUUAUCAUGGGAUUAGUGUCUGUUAAUUCUGACGACCUUAAUAAUCGGCUUCGUUUCCUGCAAAAUUCAAUUGGGGCGGUUCCUUCCCCUUUUGAUUGCUACCUCUGCUGCCGAGGCCUGAAGACUCUACAGGUCCGGAUGGAGAAGCACUUCAAGAGUGGGAUGGCAGUGGCCCGUUUCCUGGAAUCGAAUCCCCGGGUAGAAAAGGUUAUUUAUCCUGGGCUACCCUCUCACCCUCAGCAUGAGCUGGCCAAGCGCCAGUGCACAGGCUGCCCGGGGAUGGUCAGUUUCUACAUCAAGGGUGCUCUGCGACAUGCCGAGGCUUUCCUCAAGAAUCUAAAGGUGUUUACUCUGGCUGAGAGCCUGGGAGGAUAUGAGAGUCUGGCCGAGCUCCCAGCAAUCAUGACCCAUGCAUCUGUGCCUGAGAAGGACAGAGCUACCCUUGGGAUCAGUGACACACUGAUCCGACUCUCUGUGGGCCUAGAGGAUGAAAAGGACCUUCUUGAAGACCUGGAUCAAGCUUUGAAGGCAGCGCACCCUUGAAGUCUGAGUUGAAGCUGGCAUUCCAGUGCUGCCGUCAGGAGCUGCAUCCAAGGGGUCAGAUCUUCCAAAUAACUGGACAGACCAUUAAGGAGCAUUUGCAGAAUUUCCCGGAGAACAUUUUAAAGCACCUAAUGACUUUUACAGCUAUAACCUUCUGGGGAUCUUCCCUGUUAAGGAUUGUCUUCUGUUUGUCUUCCUCUAACUGACAGGUUGGUUCUGUUAGUAUCUUUUUGAUAAUUUUGCUACAUUUGUAUCCAAGGAAGUGAGAAUUGUGCUGUUUGGGGGAUUAUGUUGUUGAGCUUUUCUUUUUUCUGUAGCCUAAGAUAUAUUUUAAUCAUGUUUACAGUGUCAUAAUUUAGUAUUGUUUUAUGAAGUUAAAUUAUUAAAUGAUCUUAAGUCAACCGUGAUUUUUUCCAUUCUGUUGAAAAUUAUUGAAAGUGAUGUUUUUUAACAUCACUUUAUUUACCACAAGCCAAAAAUCAAUGAAAUGAUUGAAAUGCCUACUGUGAAAUUCUAGUGAUUAAAGGUUGUACUUGAUAUUUGUUAUUUUUCUUAAAUAAAUCCAGUUAUCAAAUGCA